CUGAACUCUCUCAACUUGUUCCUAUUUCCGGGGUAAUAAUCUGAAUAUUUCCUUUUGUCGUUUCUCGUGAUCUACCUCGAUAACAGAUUAUUUCCCUCUCCAGUGAGUAAAAGUUAAGGUCCAUUCAGAACAAAAUGGAAGCUAAACUUUAAUCUCAGAGUGAUCUCAUCACCAUGGUAACAUUCCCAUAAUGCUGUUCACAUUUCCAUUUGAAAAUUUUUGUAAAAGUUUGCCAACUAAGAAUUAAGGUCCAAGUGGAACAUCCCAGUGUCAUUCAUUAUCAGUAGAAAGGGAGAGAAUCUACAGAAAGUGUAGCAGUUGACAUCAGAGUCCUUAGUCUUUAGAUCCCAGCCAAUACAAUAUGGGGGAUGGAUUGUUUUCUUUGAUGACUUGCUGUAUUGCAGAACAACCUCAGCCCACGAGGCGACGAAGAAUUGAUGCCACCAUGAUAGGAAAUCCAACAGACUUCAGACACACAGGCCAUAUAGGGUCAGGGGAGGUGGCCUCUAAACAAAACGUCUGUCUUGCUUCCAUGCAAAACCAGAUGAGUUCCAAGGGUGGAUAUGAUCAUGUAUCACCCGUUAAUGAACAUCUAAAUGUUAUAGACCUCCCAGCAAGGAGAAAUACAUAGAUGUUAAACAGUCAGGCUUUUCAUUUUCCUGUAUAUAGUUCAUCUGUGAUCUCAUCAUAAAAGAGAAUGUGGAUAUGUAAGGCCAAAGGAAGUGAUGCAAUGUAUGGUUAAACAUUCUUGUAUGGUGCAAAGAAAAACUGACGUAAUUCAAACAGAAAGAAUGAUUUUCAUUGGUUGGAAAUGUGUUGCAAGAAAGUUUUCUAUUGGAUGAAAACAGUGAUUUAUUUGAAAGGAUGCCUUCCAUUGGUUAGCAUUGGGUUUAAAUUAUUUCCCUUGUGUUUGUAAAGACAUGAUGUUCAUUAUGAUUAUCCCUAUCAUUUUCUGACAAUAUUCUUUGGGAUGAGAUAGUUUGGAUAAGAUUGCCAAAAUUUUUCUUUUAUUGGUAUACAUAUUGCCAAAUGAAUGUAAUAUCUGAAUUAGAAUGUAUAGGGGAAAACAAAAUAGACUUGUUAAUAUAUUGUUGUCAGUGAGUAUGAGCUGGUGUUACAUUUUUCUAUUUUAUUACGCGUUAUACUGUACUUUUUCUAUGUAAUGAUAUACAGAUGUGUAAUUAUAAAGAUUCCAUAAGAGGUGCUUUUCUUAGUUUUUGUCACAGUAUACAUGUAUUUAUAAGAUCUGGAGCUUGUCUGACAAUGAACUUAAAGGAUAUUUUUCCGAGUUUUUCACUUUUGGCCCUAAAUCUUUGUCAUUGCAUAAUUUGAUAGUUAGAAGAAUUUCUGGCAGUUAGACUUGGGAAUAUUUUGGUGGGGUCUAAUUUUUGUGGAUUUCAUGGAUAACAUAAAAAAAACCUAAGAAAUAUUGAAAUAUAGUUGAUCAUUAAUGUCUUAUAACAUGACAUUCAUUUAUGAAGCUAGGUUCCUACAAAGCUGAUUAUUUAAGCAAUCCAUGAAAAUUUGCCCCGACUAAUUUAAAAUCAUUCCACAAUAUAAAGGUCUGUGUGAUCAAAUUAGGAAUUCAUUCUGUGUUGAACAAAUAAAUGUGAAAGUGGAAUAUUUUCAGUGUACAACAUUAAGAAGCCAAAUUUUGGCUUAAAUAGCUUCUUUACAGUAAUGUCUCACUAUAUUUAUGUCUUAUAAAAUUAUUGCCAUAAAUCAAAGUUUAAAUUUGGA